AUGAGUCCCGGGUUGCUGCUGCUCGGCAGUGCGGUCCUGCUCGCCUUCGGCCUCUGCUGCACCUUCGUGCAUCGCGCUCGCAGCCGCUAUGAGCACAUCCCCGGGCCGCCGCGGCCCAGUUUCCUUCUAGGACAUCUUCCCUACUUUUGGAAAAAGGACGAGGUUUGUGGCCGUGUGCUCCAAGAUGUGUUUUUGGAUUGGGCUAAGAAAUAUGGACCUGUUGUGCGGGUCAACGUCUUCCACAAAACUUCUGUCAUUGUCACGAGCCCUGAGUCGGUCAAGAAGUUCCUGAUGUCAACUAAGUACAACAAGGACUCCAAGAUGUACCGUGCCAUCCAGACUGUGUUUGGUGAGAGAUUAUUUGGCCAGGGCUUGGUGUCUGAAUGCGACUACGAGCGGUGGCACAAGCAGCGGAGAGUCAUGGACCUGGCCUUCAGCCGCAGUUCCUUGGUUAGCUUGAUGGAGACGUUCAACGAGAAGGCUGAGCAGCUGGUGGAGAUUCUAGAAGCCCAGGCGGAUGGGCAGACCCUGUCCAUGCAAGACAUGCUGACCUGUGCCACCAUGGACAUCCUAGCCAAGGCAGCUUUCGGGAUGGAGACCAGCAUGCUGCUGGGUGCCCAGAAGCCCCUGUCCCAGGCAGUGAAGGUGAUGCUGGAGGGAAUCAGUGCAUCCCGCAACACUCUGGCAAAGUUCAUGCCAGGGAAGAGGAAGCAGCUGCGUGAGAUCCGGGAGAGCGUCCGCCUUCUGCGCCAGGUGGGCAAGGACUGGGUGCAGCGCCGCCGGGAGGCCCUGAAGAGGGGGGAGAACGUGCCGGCCGACAUCCUCACGCAGAUCCUCAAAGCUGAAGAGGGAGCCCAGGACGACGAGGUUCUGUUGGACAACUUCGUCACCUUCUUCAUUGCUGGUCAUGAGACUUCUGCCAACCACUUGGCGUUCACAGUGAUGGAGCUGUCUCGCCAGCCUGAGAUCGUAGCAAGGUUGCAGGCUGAGGUAGAUGAGGUCAUCGGUUCCAAGAGGCACCUGGAUUUCGAGGACCUGGGGAGACUGCAGUACCUGUCCCAGGUCCUGAAAGAGUCUCUGAGGCUAUACCCGCCAGCGUGGGGCACCUUUCGGCUGCUGGAGGAGGAGACCUUGAUUGAUGGGGUCAGAGUCCCUGGCAACACUCCUCUCUUGUUCAGCACCUACGUCAUGGGGCGGAUGGACACCUACUUUGAGGACCCGCUGACUUUCAACCCAGACCGCUUCAGCCCUGGGGCACCCAAGCCAAGGUUCACCUACUUCCCCUUCUCCCUGGGCCACCGCUCCUGUAUCGGGCAGCAGUUUGCUCAGAUGGAGGUGAAGGUGGUUAUGGCCAAGCUGCUGCAGAGGCUCGAGUUCCGGCUGGUGCCUGGACAGCGCUUUGGGCUACAGGAGCAGGCCACACUCAAGCCACUGGACCCUGUCCUGUGCACCUUGCGGCCCCGGGGCUGGCAGCCUGCACCCCCGCCCCCACCCUGCUGA